UGAAAGCGAUGUCUUCAACGCCGGGGAAGGAUUCGGGGGCACCGAGGAAACGAGCACAUCCCACGCCCAGCUGGAGUCAUCGCUCAUUUGAGAGCAGUCGCGGCGCUUCGAGACAAACGGGAUCCCGUGGAACACCGGUUCGGGCACAUGCGCCAAGGCCUUGGGUCGCACAGAAACCCAACGGCUACGCAAGCGAAGGAACGGGCAGCACGAGGGGACCUGAAUCGUGGUUUGCACGGGGGUUCCCGCGCGAACCACAAUCGGACUUCGCGGAAAGGAAAUGACUUCAUCGCGUCCGGGGUCCGGGGACAGAUCAUCCUCCCGGUGACCGACGAAGAGCGGUCUGCUACGAUGCGGGCGCCCUCGAGGAACCCUGCCUCAGCUGUGAUGUUCCCGCGGUACCUAAGCAUUGUCAAACCCCGUGCGGACCCUACGGUAGAGGGUAGUGCAUCCCAGGAGUCGACACCAGCCUCUGCAGGCCAGACUCCUGAAGUCUUCAACCCACACGCUCCUCGAGAGAUUUAG